AUGGAUAAAGAAUAUCGUCAUCCUUUAUUAUAUAAAAAUUCUUCUAUAACUUUAUUUGAAAGUUAUAUUGCUAUUGAAAAAUUUAUUAUUGAUACACAUUUAUCAUUUAUUGAUCAAUAUAAAUUAUUUGAUUUAUUAAAAAAAUUAUUACCACAUGAAGAUAAUCAAUUAACAUGUCAAGGUUUUCUUUCAUGGCUUGUUUGGCGUGUUGAUCAACAUGAAGAACAACAACAACAAAGACAAUCUGUAAUAGAUAAAAGAUUAUAUCAUGAGAGAAUGAUAUCGGAGAAUGUACAGGCUAAUAAAAGAUUAAAAACAAAUGGAACAUCUCAAGUAGUAGAACCAUAUAAUGAUGCUUGUUUAGUCCAAUAUACUCAGCAUCAAUUAGAACAUAAUAUUAACGAAUCAUCAGAUAUACAACAACAAAUAGAUCGUUUGCAAUCUAUUGUUCUUCGUCUUGCAUCGAAUAUUGACAUUCUUAAUCGUCAAUCUGAUAUUCCUAAUUCUUCGCCUGUAUAUUUUGAACCAACUAUAAAACAUGAGCAAAUAGAAGAUAAUGAACCUUCAGAACUUGAAAUCGAAGAAGAUCAUGAAGACGAAACAUCAGAUGUUAAUCAUCGUUUAGAUUUUCCUGCUAGUACAUCAACAAAUUUAACUUAUUCAAUACAUCCAAUGCCAACAAAAACUAUUAUGUAUGAAGGACGAAAUAUGAUGAAACAUCUUCGACCACGAACAACUUUAACAAGUUUUGCACGUCAUGUUGCUAGUGAUCUUUUUUCUCGUGAAGAAAUUAUGGCUAAAUUACAUGUUGAUCAUAAUAAUGAACGCGAUAUUUUUCUUCGACAUUGUAUUUGUACAGCAUGGAAUUUAACUGAACAAGAACUUUAUUUAAUGUGGCCAAAAAUUCGUAAUGCUUUAUUACAACUUCGUCGUGAUGCUAUUGCUGGUAAAUGUAUUCGAAUGAAUAACAAACGAAAACAACAAGAACAAGAUUCGAAUCCUAAUCAAUGCAAUAGUGAAUAUGAAGAUGACGAAAGUCAAAAUAAGUCCGAUUUAUGUAGAUAG